CGCCGCGCGCCAGUCAACCUCCCGCCGUCCGCCGUCCCUGGCGGGCUCACCUCCCCUUCUCCGGCGAUGGGGCGUGGGGAGACGUUGGUUUUCAUUGGGCUAUUUGGAUCGGACACGGUCACCACCCAACCCAACCCAACCCAACACGGGCACGGGACACCCCACCCACCCCUCCUAUAACACCAACGAGACGGACUCACCGGCAGCCCGACUGUUCCGCCGCCCACUCGCCUUGCCGGAAGCAGAGCACGCCUACGCCCUCCACUUCCAUCUCCGGAUAUCGGCGCUCGGCGAGUAGGCGGCUAGGGCCGGCAGAGCCGAGGCGGCUAAGCGCGCCUACCGGCACAGGCGGCACUCCGGCAGGCAGCAGCACGGGACGCCGACGGCACGGCACGGCAGUGCGGCACGCCGGCGCGGACCCCACCUACAGACCGGCGGGCGGCGGCAGCAGAUUAAGGAAAAUGAAAUUCUGGAGAAGAAUAGUAGCGCUAGUCCCGGAAGUGCAGUAUCCUGACCGGCCAAUCCCUUUCCGUCAAAAAGUGAUAUACACGACCAUUGCACUUUUCAUCUUUUUGGUUGCCAGCCAACUUCCAUUGUAUAGGAUAGACCACCAACCUCGAACCAUUGACUGUGAUCCAGUAUAUUGGCUUCGUCUGAUUUUGGCGUCAAACCGCAAUACUCUCUUGACGAAUGGGAUCAUCUCCAUUCUAUUACCUGAAGUUACAAUGAAGAUCUCAGUGGCAACAAAGUCCAUAGUUCUCGAUGCCAGUGCACCUGAGACUAGUGUACUUCUGAAUGGAUCACAAAAGUUGUUGGGAAUAUAUGUUACCAUUGUGGGAGCUGUUAAUUUUUAUGUGCAAAAUCAACAUUUUAAUGUCAAUACAGCUCUAAUAAUGCUUCAGGUGCUUUGCUCUGAUAUUAUUGUCAUUUAUCUUGAUGACGUCCUAAAAAAGGGAUAUGGAUUGUUAUCUGGUAUAUCCUUGUUCACUGCCACCAACAUUUGUGGAAAUAUCCUGUGGAAAGCCUUUAGCCCCAUGUCCAUCAUAUAUCCUGAAGGCGAUGAAUUUGAGGGAGCUGUUGUUGCCUGGGUUCAUCUUCUGAUUACUAGAACUGAUAAAUUGUCUGCAAUGUCCGAAGCCUUUUGUCGUCAAAACCUUCCGAAUGCUAUCAGCUUUCUAUCUACUUGCUUAUUUGUUCCACUUGCCAUAUUCUUCCAUGGCUUCUAUAUCGUAUUGCCUGUCAGGACCCGACAUAAUUUUCAAGCUUAUUGUCAUAUCAAGCUCUCACAUUUCUUGUAUGGGCCUAUCCUCUUGCACCGAGCACUGCUUAUACUUCCUUAUGCUAUCUCAGAGGUGCUGUACAUGAAAUACAGUGGAAAUAUACUAGUGAACUUGCUGGGCAAGUGGGAUGGAUCUAACCAUUUUGGACAAUCUAUCCCUGUUGGAGGGAUUAUGUGCUACCUAACAACACCCCCUACCUUAGCUGAUUUGAACAGAGGCUCAUUCCAUGCAUUUGUAUACAUUGCCUUCGUGCUUAUUUCGUGUGUGAUUCUCUCAAUGGGGCUUAUGAUCUGUGCAUCUUCAAAAGGAGUUUCCAAUGAGUUUAUUGUGUUAAAUGGGGUACGAAGCCUGAGGGUUGCCCAGCCCGACUCAAUACGUGUGAACGAAAUUUGGAGCCAUGUCAUGAAAGCAGCUUGUAUUGGUGGGUUUAGUGCUGGUGUACUCAUAAUUUUCGCAGAUCUCAUUGGAGUGCUUUGUUCUGGGACUGCAAUUAUGCUCGCUGUUUCUGCCAUAUAUCCUUAUGUUGAUGGCAGAGCUAGUGAGGUCGGCUCCUUUGGCUUCUAACUGAUUUGAGUUCUCUACUUCCUAUACAAAAAUGAGGAUGCAGAAAGAAUGCAAUCCAACAGCCAGCCUCAAUUGUAACAAGAAUUAAUAGUGACUUGUUUAUUUUUCAUUAAGUCGUGUUAGUCUUGUAGCCUGCAACCAACCUUUGUUUUUUCUCAUCUUAUAAUGUUCUGUGCUAAAAACAUUAUGCAGAAUGAUUUAUUUACCAUGUCUGUGUUGUGUUCUGUGCACUGUUAGUGAGUGAAACUAUUAUGCGCACAUACUAUAUAUAAAAGUUCCU